AUGAGGCGAUGCGUGUCCAUCACCGCUUGGCAGCUGGCCCAUCUCCAUCUCCAGCCCGGGUGCAUCAUCCUGUUGACGAACCCUCCGCCAACCAUCGCCGUCCCACCGCCGCAGCCUGACGAGAACAAACACGUACGUGCUCCAUAUGUACCUAUAUCUUCCUCAUCAAAGGAGCAUGGAUGGGCAUGCCGCAUCCGCAUCCAAAAGCGGAAGAAAUGCCUUGCUUCGUGGCGAACACCACUGGCACAAGCAAUUGCUGAGACGACCGGGGUGGGAGGUCAAAACCAGGGCUUCAAGACCAAACGAUUCGAUCCUCCCGUGUUUCCAAACGCUGCCAGGCCCAUGUUUCUUGAAUCCUGUUCCUGUCUGGUUCUGGUUCCUGUUCACUGGCAAACUGGUGAAGAGGGACGAGUUCGGUUCGUGGUGGAGUCAACCAGACAAGACCAAGGCGGCUUAUUCCUGUACGCUGACUGGCUGUCGUCGCUCCUCAGUGUUCCUUGGCUCCUCACUCCUCACGACGAAACACGGUUGGCCGCCAAACCAUUGGUUCAUCGACCACACAUCAUGAAACAAAGGCGGCUUCUGCGCCUGGCCCUUUGA